AUGGUACAAAAUGAAUUAUGUGAUAGUGAAGCGGUCUUAAAAUGUAACAGUAUCGAUGGAAAACCACAACUUGAUUCAUUUCUGAAUAAGGAUGGUUUAAUGAUAAGGACAUACGGUUGGCUAGUAAAAAACGCAAUAGGUAUUAUCAUUUUAGUUCAUGGUUUAAAUUCACAUGUAAGAUUUUCAUUCCUAAGACACAAUGUAGAUAUAGUGGGUAACGAGAAGGCCAUAUUGAAAGACGAAAAUAAUUAUUACGUUUACAAGGAUAGUUGGAUAGAACACUUUAACAAAAAUGGAUAUUCAGUAUAUGGAAUAGACUUACAAGGUCACGGGAAAUCUGAUGGAUGGGAAAAUUUAAGGGUUAACGUAAAACGUUUUGAUGAUAUAGCAUACGAUGUGAUAGAGUAUAUUCAGAAAAUUCAAGAGAAAUUAUGGAAGAAUGAAAAUUCAUGUGACACCCUACCUGAUGAUAAUAAGAAUGUUAGUAAAAAAGACAUUCCCACGUAUUUAAUUGGUCAGUCCAUGGGAGGGAAUGUCGUAUUAAGGACAUUGCAAUUGAUAGGGAAAUCGAAAGAUGAGGCCAAGAAAAAAUUAAAUAUUAAAGGUUGUAUAUCGUUAUCAGGGAUGAUUUCCAUCGAGAGAAUAAUUGCGUCACCACGUUCAUAUAAACUUAUCAACAAUAUGCUCUAUAUAAAGUACCAGUAUAUGCAUGACCUUUAUAAAUAUGAUAAAAUUAGAUACAAAAAAGGAAUAACGUACAGAUUUGCAUACCAGCUUUUAAAAGCAAUGGAUAAUUUACAAAAAGAUAUGAAGCAUAUUCCCAAGGAUAUUCCCAUUUUAUUUAUUCAUUCCAAGGAUGACACUUUGUGUUAUUAUAGGGGCGUUGUGUCAUUUUAUAGUAGGCUAAGUAAUGAUAUUAAAGAAUUGCACAUUCUUGAAGACAUGGAGCAUAUGUUAACUGUAGAGCCGGGGAAUGAAAACGUUUUAAAUAAAAUUAUGCAAUGGCUUUCAAAGCUAACCCCUAAAGGAGUAACUACGAAAUUUAGAAAAAAAAAGAAAAAAAAAAAAUUCCUAGCCUUUUUAGAAGCGCAUUUUUGA